CAUUUCUGCAAUUCCAGUUAAUCGCCGAGCAAAGUCUGGACAUGGGAUGUCUAUCAACCGCCCUGUAGUGUUACAGUAAACAAGACAUGGUCUGGUGACUCCCUGCCCUCAUGACUGUGGCACAGGUGUCUUCCAGGAGUCAUCGGUUCUCUGACAAGAAAGCCCAGUGAUGUGUGCUGCCCGGCUGCUCCGGUGCUCCUCGCCGUUCUUCAGAGGCUUGGAGAAGCUGGGUUCUGUGCAGUGGCCACUCAGACAAGCUUCUGUGAAGGGUGGGGCACAUGUCCGGACGUACAAAGCUGUCAUUUUCGACAUGGGAGGUGUGCUCCUGCCGUCUCCAUACAAGAAUGCAGCAGAGCUGGAGCUGCGUCAUGCUGUGCCUGUUGGCACUAUAGCCCAAGGCAUGAGACUGGGAGACAAGAGCAGCGCGUGGAAGAGGUUCAUUACAGGAGAGAUGAGCGCAGCGGAAUUCAUCGAUGCUUUUGGAAAAGAGUGUGCAGAGAUGGCUGGCUGCUCUGUCCCAGUGGACCUCUUCCUUGCUGAGCUCACGACGGGACACAUGGCCCAGCAGCUGCCGGCUAUGACCGAGGCCAUCCAGUGCAUCCGGGCCGAGGGCCUGAAGACGGCCGUCCUGAGCAACAACUUCUUCCUGCACGACGGGCAGACCUUCCUCCCUGUGGACCGAUCCCAGUUCAGUGUGGUUGUGGAGUCCUGUAUUGAAGGGAUGUGCAAGCCUGACCCCAGGAUCUACAGGCUGUGUGCCGAGCGCCUUGGGGUGCUCCCGGAGGAGUCCGUGUUUCUGGAUGACGUGGGGCAGAACGUGACGGCGGCGCAGCAGCUGGGCUUUCGCGCGAUCAAGGUUGGAGACCCGGGAGCUGCAAUAGGGGAGCUGCAGGGCGUGCUGGGUUUCCCCCUGAGCGGGUUUGUCCCCGGCACUCGCGCCGUCAGGCCAGAGAUGGCUCUCCCUCUCGAGCAGCUGGGACAGCACCUGCGGGAGGUCUUGUCCCUGGAGUCCCCAGGUGCUCCGACCUUCCUGGCUGGACAGCCACUCGGCGUGCGGCAGUUCAGCCACGGGCAGUCCAACCCCACGUACCUGGUGACCGCGGGGGGGCGGCGCCUGGUCCUGCGGAAGAAGCCCCCGGGCGCUCUCCUGCCCUCUGCACACGCCGUGGAGAGGGAGUUCAGAGUCCUGAAGGCCCUGAGCAGCGCUGGAGUUCCUGUGCCCAAAGUGAUGGCCCUCUGCGAGGACCCCAGCGUUAUUGGAACUCCAUUCUUCCUGAUGGAAUACUGUCCGGGGAGGAUAUUCCAUGAUCCUUCCCUGCCAGGGAUGGACAGGCAGGAGAGGAGAGAGGUGUAUGAAGCCAUGGUCCGAGUCCUCUGUCGGAUCCACAGCGUGGACAUCAAGGCUGUUGGGCUGGAGGACUAUGGGAAAUCUGGCAGCUACGUGGCCCGGCAGGUGCAGACCUGGAUGAAGCAGUACAGAGCCAGCGAGACACGCCGGAUCCCAGCCAUGGAGAGGCUGAUGGAGUGGCUCCCACGGCACCUGCCCCGCAGUGAGAGGACGGCGGUGGUGCAUGGGGACUUCAGGUUGGAUAACCUGAUUUUUCACCCGGAGAAACCGGAGGUCCUGGCUGUCCUGGACUGGGAACUCUCAACGUUGGGGGACCCCAUUUCUGAUCUGGCUUACAGCUGCCUGGCACACUUUCUGCCUUCUGGUUUCCCAGUUCUCAAGGGGAUCAGCCAGUGUGAUCUGGCGGAGCUUGGGAUCCCCAGCGCGGAGGAGAUCUUUUCCCUGUACAGCAGCCACAUGGGCCUGGAGCGCCUGGACAGCUGGAACACGUACAUGGCCUUCUCCCUCUUCCGAGUGGCCGCCAUCCUGCAGGGGGUCUACAAGCGCCACCUCAAAGGGCAGGCCAGCUCUGCCGACGCCGCCAGCACGGGGGAACUGGCCGAGCAGAUGGCAGAGCUGGCGUGGGAUUUCGCCGUGAAGGAGGGCUUCCGCAUCUUCAAGUCCGUCCCGGUGGGAAACCCAGGAGCAGGACCCCGCAGGGCCUUCGGCAGCUGCAGCUCCUCUCGUCCCGCCCCAGGCCAGCUAAUCAUCUCCCCUGAGGGCCUGCCGCCCCCGGUCCAGGAGCUGUAUGGCCGCCUGCAGGGCUUCAUCAGCGCCCGGAUCCUGCCCGUGGAGCAGGAGCUGCGGGACCACCAGGUGUCCGAGAAGAGAUGGACCACUCACCCCGUCGUGGAGCAGCUGAAGGAGGCGGCGCGAGUGGCGGGCCUGUGGAACCUCUUCAUCCCCCUGGAGCUGGACCCCCUGGCGCAGUUCGGGGCGGGCCUGACCAACCUCCAGUACGCCCACCUGUGCGAGCUGAUGGGCCGCUCGCUGUACGCCCCGGAGGUGUUCAACUGCUCCGCCCCGGACACCGGGAACAUGGAGGUGCUCAUUCGCUACGGCACGCAGCGACACCAGGAGGAGUGGCUCACGCCCCUGCUGAGUGGGACCAUCCGCUCCUGCUUCGCCAUGACGGAGCCGCAGGUUGCUUCGUCAGAUGCCACGAACAUUGAAGCGUCAAUAAUAGAGGACGAGGACUACUACAUUCUAAAUGGACAUAAGUGGUGGACAUCAGGAGCCUUGAACCCCAGUUGUAAGCUGUGUGUUUUCAUGGGAAAGACCGACCCCAGUGCUCCCAAACACAAGCAGCAGUCCAUGAUCUUGGUUCCCAUGGAUACUCCUGGAGUGAGGGUUGUGCGUCCUCUCUCGGUCUACGGAGGGGAAGAUGCUCCAGGUGGCCACGCGGAGCUGGUGUUCGAGAACGUGCGCGUUCCCCGCUCGAGCCUGCUGCUGGGGCCGGGCCGCGGGUUCGAGAUCGCGCAGGGCCGCCUGGGGCCGGGCCGGGUCCAUCACUGCAUGCGGCUGGUGGGACACGCGGAGCGGGCCCUGGAGCUCAUGAAGGAGAGGGUGAAGACGAGAGUGGCCUUUGGCAAGCCCCUGGCGGAGCAGGGCACCAUCCUGGCUGACAUCGGCCUGUCUCGCCUGGAGAUAGAGCAGGCCAGGCUGCUGGUGCUGAAGACAGCACACCUCAUGGACACUGUGGGCAACAAGGUGGCAGCUCCUGAGAUUGCCAUGAUCAAAGCUGUGGUACCCAGCAUGGCUCAGAAGGUGAUCGACCGGGCCAUCCAGGCAUUUGGAGCAGCGGGCCUGAGUAACGACUACCCGCUGGCUCUGUUCUUCAGCUGGGCACGGGCCCUGCGCCUGGCAGACGGACCGGAUGAAGUCCACCGGGCCACUGUGGCCAAAAUGGAACUGAAACGCUGAUGCCCUCCCUCCCUCUCUCUCUUGAAGCUGCACAUGGUGUAGUCUCAGCGGGUCCUGGGGAGCCUUUGCUGUCUCUGACUUCAUCACCGUCUUUCACUGUCUGCACUGGAAGGACACACCUGUCCUCCUGUCCUCAAGAGCCACAGCCCCGCGGCGCCAUCUAAUGUAGGACUGAACUGCUUCUUCCAGGGGACCCCAGUCCUGGUCCCGCGUGUUGUCAGGUUUUCCAGGUGUCUUUAACACAGCAGACCCCCAAAGUGCUGGGAGAGGAUUAAACUGGUCAGUCAGACGGUAAUGGGCUGAGGACAGGAGUGUCAGACACUAGUCUUGUACUGUUGAACCAGGGAUCAGAAAAGCACAUUCACUCCCCAAGAAAACAAUUGUUCCAAUUAAGCUGAGACUGUCCCCUUUGGAACCAGGGUUGGACGCCACAUAUUUAUAAGAAUCAGUCAUCAUAAAGAGAUUAUUGAUGUUUGAUUCUUAGAGAUCCUAGUUCCACAUUCUUGUAAAAAAAAAAGUUUCUAUGCAUAAUAAAAAUAUAUUUUGUUUUUUGCUAAUGCGGUUUGAAAAUAAUGAAUGUGACAAAUGUUUACACUUGUUUUGUAUAGGCUGCCUUUUCAAUUUGUUAUUCGCUACACUAUCCCAUUUCACAGAACGUAGUAUUUUACACAUUUUAAUGCUUUUUUAACCUGACAUUAUUUUUAGGGUGGGGAAAAAUGCUAUUUGUUAAGAUGUUUGUGUAGUUUGUUUUUAUAGGUGUGCAACAGUUCCGACUUGAUCCAAAAAUGCAGUAUUGACUUACAAAUAAAGACAGAAAAUGAACCACA